GGCUUCUUCCGUGCUGUCAAACGAAAAGUGACGCCGGGAAUUGUUUGCAUAUUUGUUGGUGUCCUCCGUAUUUUUGUCGUGCUUUUCUAUUGCAAAUUUAGGUAUUCAGCCCGGCAAACAGCGGCGCACCGAUGAGCGGAAGUGGAAUGAUGUACGGCGGGGACGAGAUUGGUGCGCUUGUGUUCGAUCCGGGCCAUCACUCGUUGCGCGUAGGAUACGCACAGGAUGACACACCGAAAGCCGACAUCCCGUGCGUGGUUGGCGUUGGUCCGGCAGAUCCGGUCAUGAAUUCGGAUCUGGAAACGAAGGCGGACAACAACAUUGGAAGCACGAACAAAUACUACGUCGAUACCACGCACAUCAAUGUCGCCCGGCCGAAUAUGGAAAUUCAGUCGUACAUGAAGGAUGGUAUGAUUGAGAAUUGGGAUCUGUUCGAGAAGGUGCUUGAUUAUGUGUAUGCCAAGGUCGUUCAAUCGGAAUCGAUGUACCAUCCUGUGCUGUUUUCGGAAUCGGCCUGGAACGUGCGCAACAAUCGCGAACGGCUAACGGAGCUAAUGCUAGAAAAGUACAACGUUCCGGCUUUCUUUCUCGUGAAAAAUGCAGUUCUAGCAGCAUUUGCAAACGGUCGCGCUACCGCCUUGGUGGUGGACAGUGGUGCAACACAUACCUCAGCCGUUCCGGUUCAUGAAGGAUACGUCCUGAGCCAGGCGGUAGUAAAAUCACCGCUCGGCGGUGAUUACCUUUCCCUCCAGUGUCGCCAUUAUCUCGAAGGUCAGAACAUUGACCUCACACCGACGUACGCGAUCGCCUCGAAGGAUGUCAUAAAGGAGCGCGAUACGGCACGCUUCACGCCGAAGGAAUUGCCCGAAAAGCUGACCGCCUCCUGGCAGCAGUACAUGCUGAAGGGAUUGCUGCAAGACUUCCAAAUGUCCGCCGUACAGGUGCUGGAAACACCGUACGACGAGCGAACGGCCGCACAAAUCCCGGCCGUACAUUACGAGUUCCCGAACGGCUACCAUCAGGACUUUGGUCCGGAACGGUUCAAGCUAGCGGAGAGUCUGUUCGAUCACAACAUGCUCGGGGCAGGGCAGUUGGCUUCAGCCAGCGUGGGAAUGUGCGAUGCGGACGUUCGUCUAUCGCUGUACGGUUCGGUGGUGGUCACCGGUGGCAAUUCUCUGCUGCCCGGUUUUGCCGAACGGCUCAACCGUGAUCUGCAGCACCGAGCACCGUCGAACACGCGGCUAAAGAUGAUCUCGGCGAAUGGAUCGGUCGAGCGAAGGUUUGGCGCAUGGAUCGGAGGUUCGAUUCUCGGCAGUAUCGGUACAUUCCAGCAGAUGUGGAUCUCAUCGCAGGAGUACGAGGAGUCGGGCAAAAGUCAGGUCGAACGAAAGUGUCCCUAGACCAUGCGCGCGUGUGUGUGUGCGCGUGUCCUUACUUUAUUUUACCUUUUACAAACGAAGAACCGUAAUCCUGUAAUUCUCUUAUUUCUACUUCCUCGAUACAACAUGAUGUGUACACAACAAAUAAUAACAUUUGCCGGUAUUGUAGAGCAUGACCUCGACUCAA